UGGCACAUGAUGGGUGCCCGGUGCUGCCGGCCUGCGGCGCCCGGCCCCGGCACUGCUUGACGGGGGCGGGAGGGGAGGCGGAGGUCUUCCCGCGUACGUGAGGAACAGGACCUCAGGUCCGGGCCUGGAGCCCCCAGUUUCGUUAUCAGCGGUGUUUGACUGUUUUAUCAGGCGUUUACAGCUGUGAGGAGACGUCCAGAGUCUAGGUUUUGAAGCUGAAGAAAUCCGAAACAGAAGCUAGUUCCCAUCCAAAUUUUAUCAAUGAAGAAACUCAGCCCACAGAGCUAAAGUGACCUUGUUCAAGGUCACGCAGAGGGGAAACUGAGGUUCAAGGAGACAAGCAGCUUGUCCUGUUGUGUGACUUCCGUGACUGAUUGCAGAGUACCAUCAGCUUUCAAUUCCAACUCAGAAGCAAAAGGAGUACACCCCAGCUGCUCUGUUCUUCAGGAGCCAGGACAGAUUCCGAGAAGUAGCAUUUCAGGAUCAAAAGCCAAGACCAGCUCUUCCCUGCUGCACCUGCUCCGUGCCCUGCUUUUCUGGAUGUUCUGGGGAGAGCCCAAGGAGGAAGCAUUUGUUUUCUGACUUUCGGAAGCAGGGCCAUGCUCACAUUCAUGGCUUCUGACAGCGAGGAAGAAGUGUGUGAUGAGCGGACGUCCCUGAUGUCAGCCGAGAGCCCCACGCCACGCUCCUGCCAGGAAGGCAGGCAGGGCCUGGAGAAUGGAGAGGGUGCUGCCCAGUGGAGAAGCCAGGAGAGCGAGGAGGACCACGAGGAGGACCCUGACCGCUAUGUCUGCAGUGGGGUACCCGGGCGGCCGCUGGGCCUGGAGGAGGAGCUGACCCUCAAAUACGGGGCGAAGCACGUGAUCAUGCUGUUUGUGCCCGUCACGCUGUGCAUGAUCGUGGUGGUGGCCACCAUCAAGUCCGUGCGCUUCUACACAGAGAAGAAUGGACAGCUCAUCUACACGCCGUUCACGGAGGACACGCCCUCGGUGGGCCAGCGCCUCCUCAACUCCGUGCUCAACACGCUCCUCAUGAUCAGCGUCAUCGUCGUCAUGACCAUCUUCCUGGUGGUGCUCUACAAGUACCGCUGCUAUAAGUUCAUCCACGGCUGGCUGAUCAUGUCCUCCCUGAUGCUGCUGUUCCUCUUCACCUACAUCUACCUUGGGGAAGUGCUCAAGACCUACAACGUGGCCAUGGACUACCCCACCCUGCUGCUGACCGUCUGGAACUUCGGAGCGGUGGGCAUGGUGUGCAUCCACUGGAAGGGCCCCCUGGUGCUGCAGCAGGCCUACCUCAUCAUGAUCAGUGCACUCAUGGCCUUGGUGUUCAUCAAGUACCUCCCAGAGUGGUCCGCGUGGGUCAUCCUGGGUGCCAUCUCUGUGUAUGAUCUCGUGGCUGUGCUGUGCCCCAAAGGGCCACUGAGAAUGCUGGUGGAAACUGCCCAGGAGAGAAAUGAGCCCAUAUUUCCUGCCCUGAUAUACUCAUCCGCCAUGGUGUGGACGGUGGGCAUGGCCAAGCUGGACCCCUCCUCUGAGGGAGCCCUUCAGCUCCCCUAUGACCCAGAGAUGGAAGAAGACUCCUAUGACAGUUUUGGGGAGCCCUCGUACCCUGAAGUCUUUGAUCCCCCGCUGCCUGGCUACCCAGGGGAGGAGCUGGAGGAAGAGGAGGAAAGGGGCGUGAAGCUCGGCCUGGGAGACUUCAUCUUCUACAGCGUGCUGGUGGGCAAGGCGGCAGCCACGGGCAGCGGGGACUGGAACACCACGCUGGCCUGCUUUGUGGCCAUCCUCAUCGGUUUGUGUCUGACGCUCCUGCUGCUCGCCGUGUGCAAGAAGGCGUUGCCCGCCCUCCCCAUCUCCAUUACGUUUGGGCUCAUCUUCUACUUCUCCACAGACAAUCUGGUGCGGCCUUUCAUGGACACCCUGGCCUCCCAUCAGCUCUACAUCUGAAGGGAAGCCUGGGCACCAUGGGCUGGAAGCUGUAGGAAAUGGUAACUAGAUGCAGGUGUAUCAUUUUACACUCUAGUGCCGUAUAUUUUUAAGACUUUUCUUUCCUUAAAAAAAAGAAAAAGAAUAAAGUGUUGUUUUUACUUCGUGAAGAGGAAGGACCAGCUUUUUGGUGCUAGUUGUUUUGUCACCAGGCUGCGGCUCACCCCUUUGCAAGCACUUGCUUCACUGACAGGAGACGUGGAAAAUCGGUCCAGAGGAGUUGAGGAAGGUUCUGAGAUGUGGGAGGGGUGUGGGGCAGGCCCCUGCUCUCGCCCCGCAGCCUGGAGUCCUCUGAGGGCCCAGGCGGAGGAUGGUGCACGUAUAUUCGGGACCAGGAGGUCACGCCUGUGACGGCAUGUAGCGCCUGGUCACUCUGGCUGGAGAGGAAAAGCCAGUUUUCUCUGCAAGGAGUGUUCCCAACGCUUUGUCUAUGAUGUCGUCGUUAUCUUAUUACCUUUAGGGUCCUUGUUACAGCAGUUACUGCUGGAAGUGUCUUAAUAUUAAUCUCAAUAAAUAGGUAAAUGCUGUUGCAA